AUCAGCGACCGAUCGAUAUUGGGCUUGAUCUCGACCGAAUCGGGAAAAACUAAGCUGCGCGUGCGAGGAUUUUUCUUGUAUAAAACCGUUGCGUAAACCAGCAGCAGCAACAUGUCAGCGCCACAGCAACAGUCGCAGCAGCAACAACAACAUGUGCGCGUGGUCGAGCAGCAACAGGUGGAACCAGCUGAGGAGGUGACCUCCAGAAUGGCAUCGGAAUCCAUCUCUGCCAUCAAGGAGCUAACCGGUUUAACGCACGAGUGCGGCGUUUUUGGGGCCAUCGCUUGCGGAGACUGGCCCACCCAAAUGGACAUUGCGCACGUGAUCUGUUUGGGACUGGUUGCACUGCAGCAUCGCGGGCAGGAGUCUGCCGGCAUAGCGACCAGCGAGGGCAAGUCCUCCAAGAACUUCAACGUGCACAAGGGCAUGGGGAUGAUCAGCACCCUGUUCAACGAUGACUCCAUGAAGAUGCUUCGUGGCAACCUGGGCAUCGGUCAUACGCGCUACUCGACCGCUGGCGGAUCCGGAGUGGUCAACUGUCAGCCCUUCGUGGUGCAUACGACCCAUGGAACAAUGGCCCUGGCCCACAAUGGUGAGCUUGUAAACAACGAAUCUCUGAGGAGGGAGGUUUUGGCCAGAGGCGUGGGUUUAUCCACCCACAGCGACAGUGAGUUGAUCGCCCAGUCGCUGUGCUGCGCUCCGGAGGAUGUUUCCGAACUGGAUGGACCCAACUGGCCAGCCAGGAUCAGGCAUUUCAUGAUGCUGGCGCCGCUCUCCUACUCGCUGGUGAUCAUGCUAAAGGAUAAAAUCUACGCUGUGAGGGACACCUAUGGCAAUAGGCCGCUGUGCAUUGGCAAGAUAGUGCCCAUUAAUGCUGGGCACGGCAACAACUCAGACACACCCGCCGAUGGUUGGGUGGUUUCCAGUGAGAGCUGUGGUUUCCUGUCGAUCGGCGCAAGGUACGUCCGCGAAGUGGAACCCGGAGAGAUAGUGGAACUGUCACGGAGUGGCUACCGCACGGUGGAUAUUGUGGAAAGACCAGACUUCAAGCGCAUGGCUUUUUGUAUAUUUGAGUACGUUUACUUCGCACGCGGAGACAGCAUCUUCGAGGGUCAGAUGGUCUACACAGUGAGGCUGCAGUGCGGCCGGCAGCUGUGGCGAGAGGCUCCAGUGGAGGCGGAUAUUGUGAGUUCCGUUCCCGAGUCUGGUACAGCAGCGGCGCAUGGCUAUGCCCGUGAGUCUGGCAUUGAAUUUGUAGAGGUUCUCUGCAGGAAUCGCUACGUGGGACGAACAUUUAUUCAACCCUCUACCCGGUUGCGGCAACUGGGAGUAGCCAAGAAGUUUGGAGCCCUGUCCGAGAACGUGACUGGCAAGAGAUUGGUCUUGAUAGACGAUUCCAUCGUGCGAGGCAACACCAUUGGACCAAUAAUCAAGUUGCUGCGGGAUGCAGGCGCCCGGGAGGUGCACAUCCGAAUUGCCAGCCCGCCGCUCCAGUACCCAUGCUAUAUGGGUAUAAAUAUUCCGACUCGAGAGGAACUGAUUGCCAACAAGCUGAACCCCGAACAACUAGCCAGGCAUGUGGGCGCCGACAGUCUGGCUUAUCUUAGUGUGGAGGGACUAGUCGAGGCUGUCCAACUGAAGCAUCGGGAUGCAGGCGAUGGCAAGUCCAAGGCAACGGGCCACUGCACCGCCUGUCUCACUGGCGAAUAUCCCGGUGGGUUGCCCGAUGAGUUAAGCUGGUGAUCGAAAAAGACUUUUGGAAACCAGUUUUGCCCACUACAAAACAAGAAAAAAAAGCAGUAUAAAUAGCCAUAGAGGGCUCGGAAUUACUGUCACAAAUUUUGCAUUUAGUGUACCUAGCACCCACCCAUUCCUAUUUACGCUCUACUUUGUUAGAUCUUAAGUAAAUAGCCCACGUGCUUCCCCAAGCUAAAAGACACAUAUUAAAGUCUGGUUUUGCCUCUGGAACUUUACUCAUAGUACAAAAUACAUAACUCUUUGUUGCCCAUCCUGAACACCACAAAAAUUUGUUUUUUGCAAAUGCCGAUAAUAAAGACAGUUAGACUAUUAA